AGGUGAGAUGAGGACAGGCUACCUGGAAUUAGAUUGUCACGUGACAGCAUACAUAGACAUACAACACACACACAUUUACAUACAUAGAUGUUACACAACAGAUACACACACACACGCUUUAUACACGUACGCACAUAGAUACAAUAUAUGCGUAGACGUACGUACAUACAUCCACAUCGUCCCAAACAUGGCAGUGUUAGAGGCUUUAAUUAUGAAAGGCCGCCACAUCAGCAAACCAAAAUCCACCACCAACACCACAAUAACAACAACAACAACACUAAAUCACACACUUAAUCAACGUGUGUUUCAUUAAAUGAUUAACACCAACAAUACAAAAGAAACAAAAAGAAAAAAGAGACAAUACAUGUAUAUAUACGUAAAAAACAUAAAUGAGAGAAAGAAACGGUUUUAAUAAUAAUAAUUAUAAUAAUAAUAAUGAUUAGCUAUGAUUGUAUUUUAUAAAUGCGGCUAUGAACAUCACCACCACCACAACCACCACCAUGACCACCACCAGCAAACUGGUUAGUUUUGCCAAUGUGUCGUUGUGGCCUGAAACAGCUGUCCACUGUCAUCUCGAUGGACAUACGGCAAAUACAUUAUUAUUAUUGUUGUUGUUAUUAUUACCUGGAUCGUUAUAGUUUGUUCCUUGUUUUGUCGUUGCGUUUGAAGGAUAUCAUUACAAUUAAUUAAGGAAAACACAACAACAGGCACACACAUACAAAAAGGUGAAAGCCAAAUGGAGCUGCUCUAUUUGUAAGAUAUAUAUUGUAUUUUAGAUUUUUACCAAAAUACUUUGACUGUGAUAAACUUUAACCAAAAUGGCAGGUUCCAGCAAUGACCUUCAGAUGCAGUGUGAAGAGAAUGAGAAACUUGUUAAACAGCUGAGGCUGAUGAUAGUUGAGAAGGACAACAUCAUCGAAAAGACACAAUCAGAAUUACAGGAGACUAAAGCUACUCUGACGAAGACCAAACUGCAAUCAAAAGCCAAAACAACCAAACUGACCAACCAGUUGGAAGAAGCUAGGAAAGCUGCCCUCCCGGACAGUUCGUCAGACCGGGGCAGUGAGUGUGGAGAUGAAAAUCCGGCAGAGCAAGUCAGUCGGGGUAAAAUCAAAUUGUUACGUCGUAAACUCGUUGAGAAGGACCGUAUCUUGGCCGAGAAAGAGGAACAGUUGGUGAAUCAUGAUGAGGAGAUGUUGGCUAAAGAUAAAACCUUGGUGGACAGGGAUCAAACAAUCAAUCAGCUUAAAGAAAUAAUAAAUACAUUGAACAGUCAGCUUGUUGAUCGUGAUAAAAUAAUCAGGGAUAUUAAUGAGUCUGAGAACCCUUCUGCUAAAUCUCAGGAAACCCUGGAUCAGAUUUAUGUCCAGAUUUUGUCCAAAGACAAGAAAAUUGUUGACCUCAACAACUCAAUCAUUGAAUUAGACAGCAAAAUCAAAGACUUGCAGGAAUUUAUCGGAGAGAAGAAUGAAGUCAUUAAAGGCAGAGAUAAAGUGAUUGGGGUUUUACAGACAUCCAUUGUUGAAAAAGACCAGAACAUAACAUCUCAGACUGCUCUGAUUUCAAAGUUGACUAAUAAAGUUGAAUCUGAAGAAGAGAAAAUGUCCCUGUUGAUAGAGAAUCUGGAGAAGGCUGAGCAUAACCUAAAAGUUGAAUCUGAGCGGUUCAGUCUUCGGCUAUCAGAAACCCAGAGGUACUUUGAGGAAACCCUUAAUGACCGUGAAGGAGAGAUUUCACAACUGAGAUGCCUCAUUCUCGACAGAGAGAAGGACUUGGCUACACGUGACAACGACCUCCGUGAACUGCUGGCCAGACAUGAACGUGAUAUAGAAAACAUCAUGUCGAGAGAGGGAGGAGGAAAUAUACAGGAUCAAAUGUUGAAAAUGAUGGAACAGAAAAUAAAAGAUAUCAAUGAGGUCCUCCAGGGGAAAAUUCAGGUGAUUGAGAUCCAGACAAACGACUUGGCCAAUAAAGACCAGCAACUGCACAGCGUUAUGGACAGUGUGAAGAAUUUAAAAGAAAAACUUGCUGUUAGUACUGAGCAAAACCUCCUCAUGCAACAGACUUUUUCAGAUUAUGAGACACAAUGGAAAUCCGAGAAACAAAAAAUGGAAAGUCGCUUGAAAGCGCUUGUUGAAAAAAAUGAAGAAGAAAAAGGAGAGAUGAAUCUACAGCUUCACACUCUCCAAGCAUCGUUGAAGCAGUACGAAUCUGCUUACUCUCAGGCUGCACUUCAUUACAAUGCACUCCAAGAACGCUAUCAACAGGUUUGCACUGAAGUAAAUGACUUGAAGAAUUCCGUUUCUUUAAAAGAUGCUGUCCAUGCAAGUGCAAGUGGUUUAACGCCUGCAGUUGGUUCACCAGAGAAGCUGACAGAACUCUCACGACGGCUAGAAGUAGAAAUGGCUCAGAGAAAACAACUCGAGGAACAAUUCCGGCACCAAAGAACAGAACUGGAAGAUGUUAAAACUCAGUUGCACUACUACCAGCACCAGAAACAGGAAGGGCUUUUGAAACCAGAGGAAGCAGAGGUACAGAACAUCAAGCCUCGGGAAAAGCAUAAAUCUUCCGAUGCAUCUCCUACAAAGAUCUCUGAUUCUAGAAUGUUAAAAAUUAAGGCCCAGUUCACUGCCAAAAUCAAAUCUCUGGAGAAAGAAAUCGAGGAAUUAAAAAAGGGCAACCAAGGUUCCAACGAAGUCGAAGAACUGAAGAAUCGGUUGGCUGAAGCUGAAGAGGAUAAAGGUAACCUACUCCUGCAACUCGUAGACUUUGAUGAUGUUAAGACAUUGCAAGAGGAAAUGAAGACACAACUGGCUGAAGCUGAUUGGCACAACAGAGGGCUGCAAAACCAUGUACAGUUACUAGAAGGACAGCUGAAAGAUGCUCAACAGGAAGUUUUGUCUCUUCGAGAGAGGGCGUCAACAUUAGAGACGGAGCAGAAUAUGAAUCCGUUUGCCGAUGGUGAGAUUGUGGUUGCUCAUUCUGUUGAAGAUAAGUUAUUGCUGUCUGAACUGCAACAAAAAUGUGCCGAACUGUCGGAAAAACUUCGUUUAGAGAUGGAGAAGACGUCUAAUAUGGAAGCUGGACUGUUGAAUGGCCAAAUUGAAAUUGAGGGUCUCAAAGCCCAGAUCCAUGCUUCGGAUGCGGCAGUUGAACAGCUUCAGAAGCAUCUGGUUGACAGGAGUGAAUUAGCGACCAAACUGGAAGGGGAGAAAGUCGGUUUAGAGAUACGGAACUCUGAACUAGAAGAGAUCAAAGAUGCUUUAGAUAAAGACAGAGGUGCUCUUCAGAAACAGAUCAGUGACCUCCAGCUGAAAAUUGAAUAUGAAAAACAGCCAAAUAUAGCAUUUGAAGAAGAAAACUCCAGACUCCAACUGAUGAUCCAGGAAUUACAGAAUCAGUUGGUUUCUCAAGAUGAUGUGUCUAAGAAACAAAAGCAAGAAAUAAACGAUUUGAUUUCGAAAUUGCAGUCAAUGGAAUCGGCAAAGGACGCGUCUUUAUCGAACAUUGACCAAAUGAUGGAGAGUUUGAAGAAAGCAAAGACUGAAGCGGACGAGGAACUGAAGAAGACCCAAACCUCUUUGGACGAGACUCGGAUGAAGCUACAACAGACAGAAGAUGCUCUUCAGACAGUUGCUAGUGAACAUGGAAAAGCACAGAAAGAACUGAAGCAGUCACUUGAUGAAACGUUGAGUAACUUUCAGCAGCAGAGCAAGGAAAUAGGUCACGUCUGUCAGUUCCUUGGUUUUACUGAGAUUUCUGUGGAGAAACUAUACUACGUGGUGAAAGAGAAAGUUGAGUGUGUCACUGAACUGCAACAGAGACUUCAAAUUAUCGAGAAGUCUUGGGAUGAGAAACAGAAUGCUCUUGAGAGUAAAGAAACUGAGGUUGAAUCGUUGAAAUCACAGCUUCAAAACUACGACAAAAAUGUUCAGCUUUCCAUGCAUGACAGAGCAGCUGAGAAUAAUUCAUAUAAAGAAAAUUUGUCAAUGAAGGAUCAAAGUAUAAAGUUACUUCAGGAAACUGUUGAUACUCAGACAGCCGAAAUAUGUAAGUUUAAGGAACUGCAAGUCUCUCAGGAGCAGAAAGUAGAACAGUAUGAAAAGGAAGCUAGUGAGAAGCUGCAAGAAUUCCUCUCCCAAACCGUCCUGUUUCAGAGUCAAAUAGAAGCUUUGCAGAAAGAUGUUGAGAGUAAACAAAGCAGUUUAUGUGAGUCUGAAGCUAAAGUAGAGAGUUUGCAGCAAUCUCUGCAAGAAAAAGUUGAGGAUUUUACCAAAGUGGUUUCUGAACAAUCCAGAAUGGAUGAAAAUAGUGGCAAGAUUAUGGCAGAGAAACAGGCACAAAUAGAAAACCUUAAAUCUUCACUGGAUCAAAUGACCAACAUUCUAAAUGAGAAACAAUCUGAUUUUGAUAUGAAACGUAAAGAAAUGAACUCUGUUGUAUUGCAGCUUAACACUGAAAAGACAGAAAAAGAUGCUCAAAUCGAAAGUCUUUCUGUAAAAGUGUCUGAAUUGACUGCAAGCUUCAACGAAUCUAAAGCAGUUUGCGAGAAAGUGCAGGCUGAGAAGGUGACCCAUGAAAGGACAAUGCAAGUAUCUGGUGAAAUGGUGAAAGAUUUGCUUAUCAACAGACUUGGGACUUUAUCAACAGAUUCUGAAAUGGAAAUGCCUCUGUCAGAGUCUAUUGGAUUAGUUAUUUCUCAAAUAGAAGGAUUGUUAUCAGAGAAAGUUCGGCUUGAAUCAAUGCUACAACAUUCCGAAAAAAAUAAUGAAUCACUUAAAUCAAACGUUGAGGAAUUGGAAAAUAAAUGUAGCCAGAAUGAGUUGUCUUUGAUGAAUCUACAAUCAGAUUCUUCACAGCAAGAACUAGCAGUGAAGAAACUUAUGGAAGGGAAAGAUGUAAAAAUCACUUCUUUACAGGACAAUGUUGAAAGCUUAAAUUUGUCAUUACAACAAAGCCAGGUUCGUGAAAAUGACUUAACACAACAGAUUAAAAAUGUUCAAGACAGUUCCAACUUCAUGCAGCAGCAACUGACUGAUGCCAAAAAUCAAGUAGAGGCAUUGAUGCAACAACAAACCAGUCUACAGGAAGAAGUGAGGCUCUUAAAAGACCAGGAAAUUUCUAGGGAAACCAACAGGCAAGAUCUGGAGCUUUUGCUGGAAGAACAAGGAAAGAAGACUUGGAAAGAAACACAUGUGAGCAUCCCGGAUGUAAACACAAGUGAAACUUCUGGAAAGUGCUCUAAAGAGAAAGUGGUUGCACAGGAUCCUAGUCAAUCCCAAUUUGUUGUUGAAAAAGAGAGAGUUCUUGCAACUGAAGAAUCAGCUGAGAUAAGCAGCAAAAAAGAUCCAAAUAUUUCAAGUCUACCUGAGGAAAUUUCACACAAUACAGCACCUAUGCAAAAAACUAUUUUGAAUUUCUUUGCAAAAUGCCAACAGACUGGAAUCAAUGUUACUCUUCCAGCCACAGUUAAUAAGGAAAACCUGAGGGAAGAAGAUAUUCUCGAAGUGUCACUGAAUGUCUUGUUUGACAGAGUUGUUUGUUUAGGCAAAGAAUCGCAAGGCCUGAAGGCGUUUGUACAGGCUUUAGAAGGAUCUUCUCAGGAUCAGGUGUUGGAGUUGAUAAAAAGAAAAGAUCAAUUUAUUGGUGAUCCCAGACUUACAGAUUCUGUGUUAAAUGAAGAUAAUUUGGUUGAAUUUGAUGAAGAGAAAGUCAAGCUGGAGAAAAAUAGUAGAUUGGUAGAAGAGAAAGAGGAGUUGGAGACUAGGUUAAUUGAAGUGCUGAAGGAGAAGGAAAUGUUGGAGUUUCAGAUGGAUGAGGUGGAGCUCUUGAGGAUUACCAUCAGGAAAUUGGAAGAAGAUCUGAAGAAGAAAUUGGUGGAAAAAGAUCUUGUUGCUGAGCAGUUGGCUAAAGUGGAUAUGGAACUGGUGUCGACUUGUCAAGAACGGGAUAAAGUGAAGAACCAUCUGGAACAAGUGUUACGGGAACAUCAAAAAUGUCAUGAUAUAGAAAGCCGUCUUGAAAAAGUGUUGAGGGACAAACAGGUUUUAUCCCAAAAGGUUAUGGAUAUGGAAAGUAAAAUAAGUCAAAUGAAAAUCGAUAAAGAACGACUGAAAAAGCAGGUGCCAGGGACAAAACCAAAAACUGAAAAAAAUACACCCUUACUUAAGCGCCGAACAAAAAGUCAAGAAAUUGGAGAUAAAAAAGUCAACAAGAACCCAGAAGAUGUAAAGAGAAAGUCAUCUUUGACCAAAAAAACUACUGAAAAGUGUCUUUCUAGUAUGUCAGCUUCCAAAUAUGGAAGUGUGGAAUCGGUGAGAAGUGAAAUUCUAAGAGUUAGUUCUCCAACUUUGAGUGAAAAAUCAUAUGGUACGUCGGAUUCUUGUGCAUCUGAGAUGUGUUUGCGAGAUGAGCUCAUGGAAUUGCGGUCCAAGACAGAAGCUUAUUCUAAACAUUUUGAAGAACUGAAAAUGUUUUGGAGAAAUGAUAUUUGUAAAAGUUUGAGUGGAAUAUUGUCGCCUGAAGUAAGUCUUAAUGAAGAGUCAAACGAAGCUGAAGUUAAUGAAAAAGUCAGUGAAAAUGCCGAGUUAAUUGCAAUUAAGGUUGAAAAUAUUAAAACUGAAAUGUCAGAAGUGUUAACUAAAAUUGGAAAUUGGAAAUCUUCUUUUUCUGAAAUUAAAACUGCUGAGAAAGAACCAGCUAAGGAAAGAUAUUUGGAUGAGACCCCGAAUGUGAAGGAUACGGAAGUUGAAAACGAACCUAAAGGGGAUGAAUCGGUGGCAAGAAAUGAAGUUAGAGAUUUAUGCAAUAAAAAUGAACGCUUGAAGCAAAUGUGUGUAAAGUUAAAGAAAUCUUGUCAUCAAAAUAAUGCUGAGAUAGAAGCCCUGAAGAAGCAGUUGGAGAUGGUGAACUCAAAGGCUGUGAGGCUGGAUGAACAACUGAAAGAAAAAGAAAUAAAGAUUAAUGACUUUGAAAUUUUAGUGACCGAACUGAAGGAUGGUUUAGAUGUUAAAACUGCUGAGAUAUUGGAACUAAACUCUGCUGCUGAUAGUAAACAGUUGUCUUCGGAAGAUGGAAUUAAACAGCUUCAGAUGACAUUAUCUGCGAGGAAUGAAGAGCUUUGUGCUACAAGAAACUGCUGUAAAACAAUUCAAGAAUCAUUUUCAUUAUUGGUAAAAGAGAUUUUGGAACUGGUUUCACAAAAUCAGUUCCACAAACCUGAAGCAGAUUCUUUACAGAAUCAUUUCAAGCAACUCUUUGAAGAAUUGGGUUCAGGACUAUUUCAAAGUUUAGAUGAAUGUCAACAAAAAAGUUUUAAAACUGCAGAAGCUUUAGAAAAGUUAAGCCAUUUCUUGAGUCAGUACCAAAGGUACCAACAAGAGAUUUUCAUAGUUUUUGGAUCUUUCAUGAGCUGUCUCAAAGAAAUCCAAAACGAUAUCAAAGAAAAAAGCUUGAAAGCUAAUCCAAAAUCAUACGAGGCUGUUUUAGAAGAUUUAAAAAAAAUUGUCAACAAUAGCAACUAUCUGGAACAUUCUACAUCGACAGAAGAACAGGUUGACUUGGUGAAAUCAAAGUCUGAAAUGUGCCCGUUGGAUGAUUCAGAUACACAGACAGGUGUGAAUUUUUUAAACUGGCUUCGGGGAUAUUUGAAAGACCUGGCACUGUCUCAUGAUGCUGACAAUGCUAGGUUCCUGGACAUUGUAUCAGAGUUGAAUGUUGUAGUUUUGUCUAAAGAAGAAGCCAUUCAGAAAAUGAGUGAAACUAUGGAAGCUCUGUCUUCUGAGCGUAAGAAACUUGUCAAAGAAGUUGCUAGACUACAGAAUGCUUGUGAUGAUAGCCACAGCACAGCCGUCAGUCAUUCGGAAGAGACAAAGAGGGUGAAAAACUCUUUAGAUGCUCUUGAAAGUAGAAUCUCUGGUCUUUUGACUUAUGUGAAAGAUGUCCAUGGUUCCACAUUGGAAACCAUAAUGGAAGAGAGUGAGGAAGAAGAGGAAUGCCAUGACGAUGUCACAGACGGUUUGGUAAAUAAGCUGCCUGGCGGCACAGCAAAUCUGGAGAAUUUGCAGAGUCUGGAGAAACAUUUUGCUGCCUUCGCUGCUGCCUAUUCUCAUGUAGCCAAUGUUUGUAACAACCAGGGCAGUGAAAUUGAAAAACUUAGGAGUUUGUUGACAAAACAGCAGGAAUUGUCUGUGAAAUGUCCAGAAGAAAUGUCUUCCAUCAGUGGCCAAAAUGUCUCGGAACUGGAUGGCAGCAACCACCCUGUCCUUACACAGAACCUUGACACUACACGAGAUACUCAGCCGACGCCUCAACAUACGUCUGUGGAACUGGAUAAAAUAUCUCUGGAAUUAGAUGAAGUGAGGCAAGGGAAGUUCCAAGUUGAUCAACAGUUGGCCUCAGUCCAAAAAUAUAACGAAGAACUGCAGACUAAGUUGACCGAUUUAGUCACAACCAACCAAGAAAUGCAGUCUUCUAUGCAGGAUGUGCAACACGAAAUGGAACAGGUUAAGAUAGAAUUAAGAUCAACGGAGGAACAUUCUAGGUUGAAAGACUUGCAAAUACAGGAACUUUCAUCGCAAGUUGAGGAGAAGUCUGCUGAGAUUAAUAAACUGUCGACUCAUUUGCAAGAAGCUGAAGGGAAUUUGGGUUUGCUUAAUAAAAGUUUGGUUGAGAAAGACUCUCAUGUGAAUGAAUUGAAAGAACUAUUGGAAAGAAAGAAUAAGCAAGAGCAAGAGGAUGAUUCCGCAGAGGAGCAAAACAAGAAAGAUGUGUCGUUGCUGAAGGAGCAACUUUCGGUGAGAGAACAGCAACUGCAGCAUCUGACUUUGGAGAUUGCUGAGAAUAUGAAGACGCAUGAGGAGCAGCAAGGGAGAUUGAAAGAAAAAGAUGAAAAGAUAAUGUCACUUUUGGAAAACAUGCAGGAAUUAGAAGAACAAUUAACGAGUUCGUUUAACGUGAAAGAAGGGAGUGAAGGAAAGAUAGCGGAGUUGGAGGAUGCUCUUCAGAAAGAGAAAGAAGCUCUCGAUUCAACAAAGAAAUCGCUUCAAAAUAAAGAAAACCAAUAUUUGAAAGUCUUAGCAACGGCCAAGAAAUUGAAAUUACAGGUUCAAGAGGCAAAGAAUGAGAGUAAACUUGGCAAAGAUGAAAUGAAAGAAAUGAAUGCGAAAGUAUUUGAAGAAAUUAAUUCAAUGAAUUCAAUUUUUCAACAGAAAGUUUCUCUUGUAUUGAGCGAGUGGCCGGAAUUGGCGGAGGCGGAGGGAAAAGACACUGCUGGAGCAAACCUGUUUGAGAAAGGAAUGGAGGAGUCUAGCAGUUCUGGUACAGAACCAUGUAAAGCAACACUGUCACUGCUGCAGAAAUUGGUGUCUACUUUAGAAGCGGCAAAGCAUGUAAUGGUCGAAAGUCAGCAGGAGAAUCAGAUGUUGAAACAGUUAAGUCAAGAACAGGAAAUCCUUUUAUCAGACUUCAAUCAGAAACAGGAACUAUUAUUGUCCCAAAAUUUGGAGAAGGAAGAUCUUCUAUCGACCAUUGAAGAGAAAAAUCACAAAAUGCUAGAAUUGCAAGACAGAGUUUAUGAAGUUGAGCAGAGUUUGAAGACAAUGGAGACAGAAACGGAGAAAGAUGUCAGGAUUACAUUUCUCAAUGGACAACUGGACGAGUCUGGCCAUACAAUUCAUCUUCUUCAAGAAGAAAUCACCAACAAGAACAAAGAGUUGGAAGAUUACAAACUAAACGCUUCAAAAUGGGAACAAAAGCUGCUGGAUCAGGAUGAUCAUCGGCUGAAAGAAAUGGCCCUGAAGAUGCAGGAAUUGUCAGCAGAAAUUAAUGCAAAGAAUGCAUGUAUUGAAGAGCAAUCAUUGCUCCUGAAAGCUUCUGAAGAGAAAAUGAUUGGUGUUGGUAAUGAGAUUUCUGAAAAAGAAACUGUAAUUUCAGAGCUAAAAAAUGCUUUGGAUGAUGUUAGCAAACAGAACCAACAUACUGUUGAAGAACUGAAGAAGCUUAAGGAAAUAUAUAACCAAACAGUAGAAGAAUUGCAAUUAAAUAAAGAAGAGAUAAACAGCAAAGGUGCCCUGCUAAAACAGAUUCAAAACCAACUGGAAGCUGUUUCAAAUGAAGUUCAGCAAAAGGAACAGUUAAUUGUGGAAUAUAAAGAACAAUUAGAAUAUUUCAGAGAGAGAGAAAGUGAAAGGGCUGCUUCUGAUAUUGAGCCGGAUUUAAGGAUUUUGUAUGAAAAACUGAAGGUAGAAUCUAGUCGGAUGAGUUUAGAAAAGGAACAGUUAACUUCUGAGUGGAAGGAGUCUAUUAAUGAAAAUAAUCGGUUAAAUUCUGAACUCCAGAAGUCUGACUCGAAGAGGAAAGCUUUGGAAGAAAGUUUGAGUGUGAGUCAUGAAAAUAUCGCGAAAAUGGAAGAAGAUAUUGAAAAAUUUACUGAAGAUCUCUUGCAAUCUUCUAAAGAAAAAAUGGUGCUUUCAGAAAAUCUAGAACAAUUAAAGAAAGAAAACUCUAUGCUUAAGGAGAAGUGUAAUCCUGUAUCUUCCGAAACGUAUUCUGCAGAAGUGCCUUUGGAACCAAGUCUAGUGAAAGAACAUCAAGGUAGCUUAUACAGUGCUCGCAUUGAGAAAGAAUCUAUUCAGAGGUCAGAGGUUAAGAAUUCCUCUGAGAGUUUGCUAAUAGAGAAAGAGUUACAUGAUGUGCAAGAGAGAUUUGAAAGUCUUUCUCGAGAGCAUGAGACUCUAAAAAAUAAACAUCAAAUAGCAACAGAAAAAUGUGAGAAGUUAUUAGUGAAGCUGAAAUCUUUUAAAGAUAAAAAUGAUAAUCUUUUAAAAGAAAUGGAAAAUCUAAAGAUACAGAAGGCAGGUGAGGAAUCGAAAGUUAUUCAACUCCAGAAUGACCUUGGUUCUGAAAAACUAAAAUAUCAAGAACUUUCAGCAUUCUAUCAACAAGGACAAAAGUCUCAGAGUGAAGCUGCUGAAAAACUGGCAGAGUUUGAGAAUGUUAAGAAAAAAAAUGAGAAAGUGAAUCAGAAGUUGUCUAAGAGUAAUUCUGAGUUGCAGUCAAAAUGUGAUAAACUCUCAAAACAAAUUGAAAAUGUCUUGGCAGAAAAAUCUGAUUUUGAAAAUAAGUGGAUCAAUCUGAAACAGGAAAUGGAGACUGCCAGCAAUCAGUAUUCUGUGGAGAAGUCUACCUUGUUGAAUAAAAUCACAAAUUUAGAAGGGGAAUGUAAAAAUGUCUAUGCAGACCUAGAAGACUUCCAACAACUUGUUAAGAAACAGAAGGAAAGUCAGGAUAAUUUGAAGAGUGAAAACCACAAGUUGAGAGAGAGCGUUUCGAAAUAUGAGAAAGAAAUGUUAAAUAGCAGCAUUGCUAAGGAUCAUUGCAGUCAAGUUGAAAUUCAGUUACAAGGUUUGUCUGAAGAGCGGGAUAACUUAAAAGAUCAAGUGGAUGCUGCCAGAGAAGAAGUUGUUACCCAUCGUAAGGAAGUGCAGACGUUAAGGAAACAGUUUGAAGAAGCAAAAAAUAAACUGUUGCAGGAACAGGAAAUGUUAGUCGCAGAGUUAGAAAAGACAAAGAGGGAAUCUGAUGAUAGAGAUGAGUCGGCGAAAAAGGAUCUAGAAGUGAGGCUGUCUAAUCUUGAAAAAGAAUUAGAAGCUAAAGUAUGUGAGAUAAUCCAUUUUAAGGAUGAGAAUCAGAUGUUGUCAGAAAAGAUAAAGAAUGAAAUGAAUGAAAGAGAACUGUACAAAAGAGAAGCCCAAGAAGCUGGUGCCAUUGGAGAGCAGUUAAGGGAAUCUCAGAAACGAGAAGAAGAACUUGAGCAGGAAAAGAUGUUUUUAGAAGAAAAUUUCCAAACUGUUAAAAUGGAGCUGGAAGCUAACAAAGAAAUGUUGAGACAGAAUAUGAAAGAAAUUGAAGAAUUGACAGCAGAAGUAAAUCGGUUAACAAAGGAAAUUAGCAUUAGGGAAGUUUGGAAGAGACAGCUCGAAGAGGCUGAGCUAGAAGUGAGUCGAAAAGAAGAAAGCUUGUCUCUUUUGAAGAAUGAAGUGGACAUCAUGAAUGAGCAAAUUGAAAGACUGACUGCUGAAGGCCGUGAUUUAGAGACCACAUGCCAGUCGGUAGAUGGAUUGAAGAAAGAAAACAGUAAGCUUACUACAGAGUUACAACAAAUAGUUUUACAAAAUAAAGAGUUGGUUUCCAGCAAAGAGGAAUUGUCUGUGGUGAAUGAACGCUAUAACAAGCUAUUGAUGGAUAACACACAUUUGGCAAAGCAGUUUGAAGAGCUUAGGAACAAAAUGCAGACCCAAGUGGAAAAAGAACAAAGCUUUGCUCAUGAGCAACAGGAGCAUUUGAAACGAGAGCAAGUAACAUUUACUAAAAGAGUUGAAGAACUAGAAGAUCACGUGCAGGAACUGACCAACCAGAACACACAGUUGAAGCAGGAUAUGGUACAAGUGAACAGCUCACUGAAAGAAGCUCAUUUUGAGAAUGAAUCUCUCAAGUCACAGCUGCAGGUCAUCCAAAAUGGUGGUGACCGGCUAAACCAGUUCCAAGAAGAGUACCAGAAAUUGCAGGAACAAUUUUCUAAGAGUAUCGAGCAAAACAACUGUGUUCAGGCGGAAUUGAACCAAGCCAACCACCGACUCCAGUUGAGGGAGUCGAGGUGUCAACAGUUGGCAAUGCAGGUGAGCCAGUUAGCAGAGGACCGCAGUUACCUUAAUGUCCAAAUGGGCAAUUUGUCUUUGGCCCUUCGUGAGAAAGAGAAAGAGUCAAGCAGUUUAGCCCAUCAAAUAAAGGAUAGUUAUGAGAAACAGACCAAACUUCAACAGAGGAUUACUGAACUGGAAUCCAGUCACACAGAUGCCUUAAAGAAGCAAGAAUCUCAACAAUCUGAUAAUUCACAUUCCAAAGAAAUAGAUAAUCUUCAAGCAAGAAUUACAGAAUUGGAAGAGCAUCAGGAAGAGCUGAUGUCGACCAGUGUCGAUCAAGCAAACAAGUUUGUUGCUGAGAGGAAUCAAAGACUGCAGGUGGAAAUUUUGCUGCAGCAGUCGCAACAGCAACUGAAUUCAAUGCGAGAGAAAAUGCAACAGGAUUUCAAAAUCGAAAUGGAUGACGAUCCAGACAGAAUUCUUCAAGCGGAACCACUCUUAGUCCGUCAAGGAAGUAACUAUUGUCAUCGCAUACAACGCUGGAUGAAAGUGAAAAAGGAAUACUUCUGCUUUUCCAGCCGCCACCUGCAACGUUUGCUGCGGUUCCGUCCCAACCUCCGUUCCGUUAUCUGGUUCUACUUCCUCUUGUUACACACCGUCGUCAUUGCCUGUUUCGCUGGUUACUUGUAAUUCGAAAGCAUUUCAUAUCCACACACCCUGAGACCAUCACCACCAAAAGGUAAAAAAAAAAAAAAGACCACAACAACAACAAACAAACAAACAAACAAACAGAAAAAGUAAAAAAAUGAAAACGACUCAAAGUUUUCGAAUGUGGACCAGUGGAGAAAUUUGCUGAUUGGACAUUUUCACAAUGGAAACUAAAGCCACCACCAUCCUGGUGGUAUCAACAUCAUCAUCACCACCACCACCACCACCACCAUCAUCAUCAUCAUCAUCAUCAUCAACAGUUUACCAGUCAAAGUAUAGAAAUAUUGAGGUGCCUGUACAAGUCGUCUGAGAUCCAAAGAUGGCCAACCUGUUGAAAAAUUAUAAUAAAA